AUGCCAGUUGAAGAGCUGGUUGUCCGACUCUGGAUUGAGGAGGAUAAUAGAAAGAAAGGAGGGAGUACCUCAUCAGUAAAAGCAAAUGUCAUUGAACAUGGCAAAUCUUAUGGAAUAAGAAAGAAGCUCUCUAAGUUGGGGCCUAGAGGUGGUGUUGCAAAGAAGUCGGCUUAUAAGCCACCAGAACCAAGUAAUCGGUUCUUUGGGAAGUGCUAUAACUGUGGUAGCAAUGGGCAUCGGGCUAGUGACUGCCACAAGCAGAAGAAAUCAUACAAGACUAAACCUCGUGCUCAUAUGGCAGAUUUACAAGAGCUCCCAAAUAUCAAAGAUAUGUCUGGUUUAAGUGCUGAUGAUGCAAUUUCAAGCGUUGUGAUCGAAUCAUGCCAUUGCUUUUCACUAGCUGAGAUACAAUCAAUGACCAACAAUUUUAAUGAAGAACUAGUUAUUGGGAUGGACGGAUUUGGUAAGGUAUAUAAGGGGUUCAUUGAUAACGGUGCUACAACUGUUGCCAUAAAGAGGUUGAAAGCAGAUUCCAAUCAAGGCGCAGAGGAGUUCUGGAAUGAGGUCAAUAUGUUGUCUAAGCUUCGACACACUCAUCUUGUUGCUCUGAUCGGCCAAUGCAGCGACUGCCAAGAAAUGAUCCUUGUUUACGAAUACAUGGCUCCUGGGACCCUAGCCAAUCAUCUCUAUAAACAAACCACAAACAUUCUGUUGGAUGAGAAUUACGUAGCCAAGAUUUCAGAUUUUGGGUUCUCCAAAGGCAGUACAAGCAAUUCAGCAACCCGUGUUAGCACAAAGUCAAAGAGACUAACCAAUAAAUCUGAUGUGUAUGCCUUCGGUGUGGUGUUGUUGGAAGUUCUUUGCGGGAGGCCGCCGAUGGAUACAAGACUCGAGGAGGAGGAAAUUAGUUUAAUCCUUUGGGCUCAACGACACAUUAAAAAGGGAAAGGUUGAUCGAAUCAUUGAUCCCUCAUUGAUUGGGCAAAUAACACCACAAAGUUUAGAGGCUUUUCCCAAACUAAGCCGCUUUUGCAUCUUAUUUCUCAAACUAGGCUUACUUUUGACGGAUUUCCCAAACUAA